AUGCACCAACAAUUGUCUGAAGAAGUUGGGGAGGAUGAUUUAGCCCUUGGCCGUUUGUAUCCUCGCCUUUCUGAGACGCGACGCGUGGCCCAUAAUGUAGCCCGCAAAACGGUCCUCAUGGCGGCUGAAGAGGGUCGCUGUCACGCCCAUAUUUCAAAAGAUAACGUAGAUGACCUUCUAAACCAGUUUUCCUAUUACCCUCCUCCAUUAUGA